CAUCUUUUUUUUACUAACUGUACUCUGAAAUUUAUAACACAUCAUAUUUUUAUUAACUGUACUCUGAAAUUUAUAAUACAUCAUAUCUUUAUUAACUGUACUCUGAAAUUUAUAAUACAUCAUAUUUUUACUAACUGUACUCUGAAAUUUAUAACACAUCAUAUUUUUAUUAACUGUACUCUGAAAUUUAUAAUACAUCAUAUCUUUAUUAACUGUACUCUGAAAUUUAUAAUACAUCAUAUUUUUACUAACUGUACUCUGAAAUUUAUAAUACAUCAUAUUUAUAUUAACUGUACUCUGAAAUUUAUAAUACAUUAUAUUUUUACUAACUGUACUCUGAAAUUUAUAAUAUAUCAUAUUUUUAUUAACUGCACUCUGAAAUUUUUAAUACAUCAUAUUUUUAUUAACUGUACUCUGAAAUCUAAAACCAUCAUAUUUUUUACUAACUGUGCUCUGCAAUUUAUAACCAUCAUAUAA